AUGAGCGACGUUGCAGAUCCAUCCUCUGCGACCGAUAGUGACGCUUCCGGGGUGUCUUUCCGGCCUGACUUCGAUGCGACCGAUGACUCCGAUUCUGGGGAAGCCUCAAAUUCAUCCGAGCUAACAACUCCGGAGCCCACCAGUCUUCCUGAGCAUCGUAGCGGGCCUUCACCCCGCCUAAAACGACCCAUGCGCCGCCUAGCGGACGCUGGUGUUCUGCCCGAUUUCAGUGAUGACCCGAAUGACGACACAAACGAGGACCUUGUAAACGUACCCCUUGAUUAUAGGCACUCGGAAAAAACCAAGCCUGGUGCGCUUUUGAAAUGGGAUGACCUGGAGGAGGCACUACGCGAGGUUACCCCUAAUGACGUGCAUCAAUUUUUCAACUACUACAUGAAGCUAAAGUAUGGCGAAAACGUUCAUCAUCUGAAGGGAACAUCGAAAGCUAGCGCCCUGAAAGCUGAUUGGAAAGGAUUUCGGGGUUACUAUCGAAGAAUCACAUGGACUAGGAUAACAGCUGAAUAUAGCGAAGAGAUUAAUACGGAGCCGGUAUACAUCCAAGAAUUGACUAAAUUAAACAAGACGAUUCUCCGAACUCAGGAAAGGCGAUUUCAUUUUAGAUACGAACGAAUCCAGCUCUAUCUCUUCAACAUACUCAGUUUUUACUAUAAACUGGCUACAUGCUCUUCUUUCGCUAUAAUUCAAACAUUUAAAUUUCUCUAUAUAAGAUAA